AGUAUAGAAUAUAAGCCAACAGUUAGCCGGGGGCUAAUUGAAUUCAUAAUUUCAAUCAACGUCAUCGCACACAUCGAGUGUUGACGUAUGCACGCACGUAUACCGUGUGUGUAACUGUUCUGCAGAUGCGGAGGGCUCUGUAAUUACGAAAUUAGGAUGAUCAAUUUUGAUGCGACUUUUUCACUUUCCUCUCUGCUGUGCCGGUGCUUAUAAUAUUCCAAGCUCACGAGAGUGAAAGCGACAGGUGGUAAUUUCCAGAGAUCGCGGAAGUUCCGAUGUAGUGCUGAUCUGCGAUGCUCGUGGUAUUUAAAUCAUGUCUAAUGUUGUUUAGUUAAAUACACUUAAAUGUUUUGGCGGCUCGAGCUCACUGCUCGCAAAAACAUAACCUUGCACGUUACCGCCGGCACGCCGCUGAUAGGCCAUCGCGUCGAGACUCGAGCGCAGCAGCACCAAAACGAGCCAACAGUUGCUGAGUUGCCCACGAUGACAAAUCUGACAUAAGGAUAGGUCACGCAACGAUAAGUAUAUUCUUCACAAGUUCCGACCUGUCGAUUCUUGAUUUAUCAGAACGUUAUUGAAACAAUUUGUCCAGCGAGUAUUUAGCUAUUUACGCAGGCAUAGGAUUCUCUAACCGGAACUAUACAGUAUAUCUACUAGUUUACUGCCGAUCAAUUGAUCGAUAUAAAUAUAAAUUUACCAUGGCUAAAAAUGUUACCGGACGAAUAAAUGCUAAGCCAUCAGUUGUUAGCUAUACACAAGAAUACGAAUGGAUUAUUGAUUACGAUCGCACUACUGACAUAAAUUCGGAAGAAUGUAUACGAUCCCCAGUAUUUACAACAGCCAACAUUUAUAAGUGGCAAAUUUUGCUGUACCCGAAAGGAUACGAUGAAAAGUAUCAAAACUUUUAUUCAAUUUUCCUUAAUCUUUUAAGCAAUGUCGAAUUGAAAAUAAAAGCGUCGUUUGAAAUUCGUAUCAACAAAGGAGAACCAUUAAUGACAAGACUUUUUGAAGAAACCAUGACUUGUUACUUGAGUUCACAAGGAUAUGAGAAAUUUAUGAAUCGUUGUAUGAUAGAAAAAUCAUCAAGCUUACCUCAAGGCAGUACCAUAAGGAUUGCUUGCAAAAUAAAUUUGGCGGAUGAGAAUGUAAAAGAAAACAAUCUAGAAAUGAUAAAUGCCAACAGAGAGCUACAACAAUUGAGUACUGAUUUUGAACAAUUAAUAGACGACAAAGAGCUCAACGACGUUGAGUUUACGAUCAAUGGUAAGGAGCUUCGGGCCAACAGAAGUAUACUAGGCAAAAGAAGCAGUGUUUUUUCCGCCAUGUUUGAUAAUGUGAUUGAAGUAAAGCAUGCAAAAAAAGUAGAAAUCAUAGACAUCAGGCAUGAAGUUUUUCUGGAAGUGCUGCGCUACAUUUAUUCUGGAAAAGUGAACGGGAUUGACACAAUAGUUGACGAACUUUUAGCUGCAGCUGAUAAGUACUCGCUUGAUGGCCUCAAGCUGAUGUGUGAAAGAAGUCUCAGUUCUAACACAAAUGCUGAUAACGUCUUGAAUAAUCUUCGUCUAGCUAAUCAAUAUAGCUUUAACAGUUUAAAAGAAAAAGCCAUUAAAUUUAUUAUUACACAAGCAGUUGACAUCGUUGACAAGCCAGAGUUUCGACAAUUACCUUAUAAUAUUGUGUGCGAUAUCUGUUCAGCUAUAGUUCCGAAAAAAAAAUAAGCAUAGUAAAGUAUAUAUCCUAUAUGUAUACUUUAAUUGUGGAUGUAAAUAAAAUUUUAUCUUUUGUAAGUAGGCGCAUCAAUCAUUUGACUUAACUUUGCUCCUUGAUAAAGUUUAUGUUUUAUUUUAUACUUGAUAUGACUGUAGCUUUGAUUCAUAACAUUUUGAUAUACAUGUAUAAGGAUUGUAAGAAAAAUUUUCUUACAAUCAUUGACAAUCAAAAGGAGUGAGAACUUGCAUUUAAUAAAAAUAAAUUUAUAUAUCUAUG